AUGGUAAAAAUAACCAAUAUUGAAAAUGGAAGGACCAUUAUAUUGAAUAAUAAAAAUGAGGAUAGUUUUGUUCAUUCAUUUAAAAAACUAAAUGUUAUUAAAACAGCAAGAUAUUCUCUUUUAUUUUUUUUGCCAAAAAAUCUAUAUGAUCAAUUUAACAAUGUGGCAAAUAUCUACUUUUUGGCAAUAGGAAUUAUGCAAAUGGUACCUUCAAUAUCAUCAUCUGGUGGGAUACCUACGAUAGCUCUUCCCUUAAUAUGUAUGUUAUGCUUUUCUGCAGCACAAGCAGCAUACGAAGAUUGGAAAAGACAUAAAGCGGACUCAGAAAUAAAUAACCUCCCGACAUAUGCAUAUGACCCAAUUAAAGGUAAUUUUGUGGUCACAAAAUGGGGUAAAUUAAAGAAUGGUGAUCUUGUGAUUGUAAAAAAUAGGGAAAUUUUCCCUGCCGAUAUGGUAUUACUUGCCUCUAGUCAAAACGAUAAUCGAGUAUUUGUUGAAACUGCCUCAAUGGAUGGUGAAACCAACUUAAAGCUUCGAGAAAGCCCUAGAAUACUUUUUAAUAAUGGUAUUAGAAAUAUUAGCGAUAUUCUAACUAUUUUUAAUGGUAAAAUCUAUUGUGGGGAUCCAAAUGACCAUCCAAAAAAAAUUGAUAUUAAUUUAAAGUUUUCAUUGAAAAAGUCCGGUAGCAAUGAAAAGGAACUGAGUUUUUCUUGCAAUUCAUCAAAUAUGUUGUUACGCGGAUGUAAACUAAGGAACACUUCAUGGGCACUCGGUGUUGUGGCAUACACUGGUCACGAAACCAAAAUUUAUCAGAGCAGCUUUAGAUCAGCACCACAUAAAAUGAGUAAUGUACAAUCACUAUACAACCAAGUAACUGUUGCAUCAUUCAUUUUCUUAUUGUUCAUUUGUCUUUCUUUUGGAAUUAUUGUAGCUUGUAUAGAUUAUUUUGGAGGGUCAGAAUGGUCGAAAAGGUUUAUUCCAAUUGGGAGAUUGGAACCUAAUGAAAGUGUGUUAAAGGCUUCAAUAAUUACUUUUUUUACUUGGAUUAUUGUUCUUGCAAAUCUUAUACCAAUUGGAAUGUUUUUUUACUUAGUUAUUUCUAAAGUUUCGCAAGCAAUCAUUAUCGCUUCAGAUUCUAGAUUAACAAGUCAGAAUUCUACUGUAGUAAGGAAUUCAGACUUAAAUGACGAAUUAGGUCAGAUAUCCUACAUUUGUACCGACAAAACAGGCACAUUAACGAGAAAUUACAUGGAAUUCAAAACUGUGUGUGUUAAUGGAAAUGUCUAUGGAAGCAAUCAUCACGAGAUGAAGCAGGAUAUAAAUCAAUGUAACAAUGGUCAUACUGAAAAACAAAAAAUAACCCCACAUGUUGAUAUGGAAGAUGAAGCAUUAAGGAAAAAAUUAAAAGAAGGUAGGCAGGAAGAAAUCGAAAUAUUAUUAAAUUUUGCUCUUAACCAUACAGUUUUAAUACAAGAAAAUGAAGGCGUUGAUAUUGAUGAACCACCACUUUACUCGGCAAGUUCAACCGAUGAAGAAGCACUUGUAUUGGCUUCACAUCAUUUUGGAAUAUCAUUGGUUUCUCAAAAUUGUUCAAAAAGCACAAUUAAAUUUUCUGGGAUAGGAACUACUCAAACUUCUGUUGAGUUCGAGACAUUAUUAAGAUUGGAAUUUGAUCAUAAGAGAAAAAGAAGUUCUGUGUUAGUAAAAUUCCCAAAAAAAAUUUUUAGUUACGAGUCAAGUGACUCAGAGGGCUAUAGGUAUAUUUUAUUUUCUAAAGGUUCAGAAUCAGCAAUAAAAGAAUGUUGUCUUAAUCAGGAAAAUUCAGGUAAAACUGAUAAAACUUUCGAAUUCGCGACAGAAUUUGCUACUCAUGGCUACAGAACACUGUGCUUCGCAAAAAAAGAACUUGAAGAAGAUGAUGUUAUUGAUAUUCUAAAAAGUUUUAAGCAGAGUAAUAAUAUGAAUUCAGAAGAAGUUAGAAAAUUCUUUGAAAGCAACUUAACUCUACAGGGAUGCUCUGGAAUUGAAGAUAUUUUACAAUACCGUGCACAAGAAACAAUAGAAUCAUUCAUAGUUUCAGGUAUUAAAGUUUGGAUGCUUACAGGUGAUAGACAAGAAACUGCAAUAAAUAUUGCAGUUAGGGUCGGGAUUAUUUCAAAUGAAAUGGAAGUUGUUAUUUUUGAUGAAAAUGAACUUAAUUCAUUUUCAAAUACUCCAAUCAAAGAAUCCUUCUGUCAUAAAUCAAGCUUAUUCGAUAGAGAAAAUAAUCUAUUUAAUUUUUCGAAUAUUGUAUUAGUAAUUGAUUCUCAAAUAUUAGAAAAGGCUCUCACUGUUGAUGAAGCUAGAUUUGCAAAAAUUGCAACAAAAUGUUCAUCCGUAGUUUUCUCCAGAGUAACACCUCAGCAGAAAGCACAAGUUGUUAAAUUAAUCCAAGAAUUUACAAAGCAAAGGGUUUUGGCGAUCGGAGAUGGUGGUAAUGAUUGCACUAUGUUACAAACUGCAAAUGUUGGUGUUGGAAUUCAUGGCUCAGAAGGUAUGCAGGCAUAUAAUGUAUCCGAUUUUGGUAUUUCCCAGUUUUGCCAUCUUCAGCCUUUAGUUCUUAUACAUGGGAGGUUAUGCUAUAGAAGAACAUCUAUUUUGGUAUUGUAUAAUCUUUACAAAUGUUUUACAUUAAAUAUCGUGAGCGUUUAUUUUGGGUUCGCAUCACUUUUCACUGGGUCAAAAUUGUUUUUUGAAUUACUGUUUCAACUUUAUAACUUUCUAUAUACUUCAAUACCUCCCAUAAUUUUUGCGACAUUUGAUUCAGAUAUUCCCAUUACAUUGCCAUAUGACUACCAUGAACCACUUUAUUUAUUAGGUAUAACCAAACCAUUUUUCUCGUUAGAAAUAUUUGGAAUUUGGUCCUUAAAUGCCGUUUUCCAUGCUGCAAUAUCAUUAUUCAUUCCUUACUUUAUUUUGGGUGGCAAUAACCCUAUAUCUAAUGAUGGAUAUGUUCCAGAUUUUUGGAUUACAGGACUAGCAGUUUACACUAAUGUUGUAAUAGUCGUAAAUACUAAAAUAUUACUUGAAGCUUUUACUUCAUGGAGCCUUGUUUUAUUUUCAAUAAUAUUAUGUGCGUUUCUAUUUUUCCUAUCAAUUUUGUCAUUCCCUCGUAUUUUCCAUAUACCAGAAUUGGAAUUAGCUGCUAGAAGAGCAAUUAUUACCCCAAUGUUUAUUAUUACUGUUGCUAUCACAAUUACACUAACUAUUACAUUAGACUGGAUAGUAAAAAUAUACAAAAGAAGUUUAUAUCCCGAUACAUCCCACAUAUUACAGAAUAAAUGGUAUAAAAUAUACAAAAAGAAAUAUGAGUCUCACAGACAACUACUUCUAAAACACUUAUCACUUAAUUGGCUCGAGUCUAUGAGAAGAAUGAAAAGAAAAAAAUCAGAAUUCGAGCAAAUUCAAGUUAGAAAAAAAUCAUCUGAUAUAAUUGGAUAUGCAUUUAACUAUCCAGAUGUUAAUGUAAGUCAGCUAUUCCUAUCAAACAAAACUACAUAA